CUUAAGAGAAUGCACUCGGCAUUUUGUACCUUCGAGCACUGGAGAAGCACAACACAUCGCCUCUUGUCCUGGACAGCAUUUCCUAAUACCAUGUCCUCUGCUUCCACAAGAGUAUUGUCCUUUGCCCAGAAUUUCUGGCCUCUUUGGUUAGCCACGACACCGCUUGCAACCGCAAGGAAUGUGCCAUCCCUUGUCCGUCCACUGCAUAAACUGAACACUGGCUCUCGCAGCCUAACAACUACAUGCUCUCUGAGGUCUGAAGAGAAAAUAAAUGUUACAUUUCAGUACCGGGAUGGAGAAAGGGCCGAAGUCCAAGGCUGUGAUGGAGACACACUUCUAAAUGUUGUUGUUGAUCAGAAACUGGACAUUGAAGGUUUUGGUGCAUGUGAGGGAACCCUGGCCUGCUCCACAUGUCACCUCAUCCUUGAGGAGUCCAGCUACAAUAAGCUGGGCGUGGUCUCGGACGAGGAGAUGGACCUACUGGACUUGGCCUUUGGACUCACAGAAACGUCGCGUCUGGGUUGCCAGGUCUGCCUGUCUAAGCGCUUGAAUGGGAUUGUGGUGCGUGUUCCAGAUAGCGUGAAUGAUAUUCGGCAGAGAGAUGGCGCUGGCUCCUCCUCCUGAAACUCAUCUGACCUUUGACCUCAGAGGUUAUGUCUUAAUAACUCACUCAGCACCUAACAAGAGCCCCUCAGUUAAACGCAGCUGUUUUGUGAUUAGAUGUUGACAGACAUAUCAAAAUACUAUGUUAAUAAAUCCACGAAACCUCUGCUUUUCAUAAAUACAUUAUUGUAUCAAAACAUCUGUUUGGUGUAGUUUUGUCCAGACAUACAUGCCAUCUUUCAACUGAACGGGAGCAACUGGGCUCAACCAUGGAGACAUUGUAGAAUUGGAGAGAGAGUGAAAAAGUACCGCCCCCAUUAACUUCAUCUAAAAACAAACUUAAUUGACAGAUACCAUCUUAAAAAAAUCUGACGUCUGACAGGCGAUCACAUCCUUGUCGGUAUAAUCAGAUCUCUUUCAAAUACUUUCUCAUUCUGCAUUCAUGAAGAGAGAUCAUUAGUCUAUGUUACUUGAUCAACAACUUGGACAGUGCUUAUCACAGAACAUGAAAGAAUUCAUGUUUGUGUAUGAUUAUUGCAGCCAUUAAUUGAAUUAAACAUCCUCAAAUUAAUAGUCCGUUUUGAUGUGUCCGACACAGAUUGUUUUACUGUUGCAUCCUGUCUGUGCAUAAUUAUGCCUCUGAUGUGCAGCUAUGACAUCAUUUGUUGUCCGCCAAAGGCCA